AUCAAGGGGGAACCGCUAAACCCGGAGGAUUAUACAGCGCCUGGGGGAGAUGUGGAAGGCAUUCAGGCUUAAUUCGGGGAACUGGAGCACAGAUCCAAUUCCCUAAAUCAAGAGCCCCUCACCAACAUCAAGGAACCUUCCUUGAAGGAAAUAAUUGAGUUUUUUUGUGGGAGUUAUCUUGAGUAAUUUAUACAUAUUAAUAGAUAAGACACCUGUAAUGAUCCAAAAAUGUGGAAGUAUACCUAAAUAAAGUUAUUAACAUUGUGGUAUAACAAGUGUAGUGAGGAUGUAUGAUAGUUUACUGAGCUUCACCAAGUUAACCAAGUGAUCCUAACUUAAACACACAUAUCAGAGAUGGGUCGAAAGGAUGCUCAAAUGCCAAGCCUUCCGGUAGACAAUUAUAGGAAACAGAUUGGUAAACAUAACAAGAGGCAGACAACCACAACUGUUAAGGACUUAAAGAAACACACUGAAAGAAACAGCAGUUCUUAUAAAGUAACUCAGGACAUCAAAGUGGUUGUGGGUGGCUUUGCAGCUGUGGUUAUAUUGGCAUAUUGCCUACUGUUUAUGUGGCUGUUUGACCCCAAGCCUGUCCAGUAAAUCUGCUUGUUUGUUACAAUAUACAGUAGCUAUUUUCAGGAAAAGGUUAUAGGAUACAAAUUUAUGGUUUUUCUAUACCAUAUAUGGGCAUACCUUGCUAAUAUGGUGGGUUAAGUUUCAGACCACCGCUGUACAGAGAAUCACAGCCUUUUUUUCAUUUGCCAGUGCAUAUAAAAGUCUAAAGACAUGUUUACACUUUCAUUUAUUAAGUGAAUGAACAUUUUGGAAGACGUAAUUAUAUUGAAGGAAGACUGGAGGAGAUAAUGAAGCUUCAUCAUCUGAGCCUUGAGUUCACUCAGUUCAGCUCUGAGUCAGCUGAAUCACUAAAAAUAAUAAAUAUAAACAUAGUUGAAAUGUGCCGUAUUAGCAAAGUGCCCUGAAGUGAGCACCAUAUUAGUGAGGUAUGCCUGUAUAUUUGAGUGUGGUUUUUGUAAAUGGGUUUUGAGCAGAACUUCAUAAGAUACAUAAUUUGAAGUCUACAUUCCUCCAUAUUAGUAAGAAAUGGGAUAAUGUAAAUAUAUAAAGGAUAAUGCAAGUAAGUACUACAAUCCCUCUUUUUUGUAGGUUCACUAUACACAAAUUCGCUUUCAUGCAAUGAUUCAUUUCUACUAGUAAUUCCUAUGUGCUACAUAAAUCCACCUUAUGUGAUCAGGGCAGUUUGCAAAAUGCUAUGUAGAUUCCUGUAAUAAGGAAUGAAAUACUGAUGACCUGAGUCAAAUUACUAGAGCUUCCAUGGGCCUGGAACACUUCUGCUGCAUAAAGCAAAGGAUAUAAUACAACUAAUUUUUAACACAUUAAAUGAAGAUUAACUAAAUAGAGGGAACAAUAAUUAACUGAAUAAUUAUUAUUAGUCAGGUUUUUAUAUUUUUAUAACAAGAUUGUGGAGAUGCAACAAUGCAGCUGAAGUUUUAACAUAUUUAGAGUAAAAUGAAUCAAAAGAGCAAUAAUUACCAUAGCUUCAAAUAAUUGUUAGGAGUCAGGUUUUAUAUUUUUAUAUUUGCAAAUUGUGGAGAACUAACAAAGCAAUAAUUAUAUGUGCUUUUAUUGCAAAUUCAGAUAAUUAUUUUAAUUUUGGUAACUAGAAGAUAAGAAGUACAUAUCAUAGUAUUAUUUCCAGGGUAGCUCUCAAAGUUCUUUACAGUGAUGGGAAGGAAGUACUGUAGUUAUGGGCCAGAUUUUCUAUAUGCAUUUAUCUAUUAGAUGUAGCAGUUUUUAUUCUUCAUGCGAAUGUGAUGACUUUGGUGCUUCAUAUUAACUAGUCAGUAAGGUGAAAACAUUACAAAAUACUAAACAGUUCAAAAAAGAAUAUUCUGCUCUCUCUAAACAGAAUACAUUCUGCUCUCUGUAAACAGAAUACAUUCUACUUUCUGUAAACAGAAUACAUUCUACUUUCUGUAAACAGAAUACAUUCUACUUUCUGUAAACAGAAUACAUUCUACUUUCUGUAAACAGAAUACAUUCUACUUUCUGUAAACAGAAUACAUUCUACUUUCUGUAAACAGAAUACAGUAGAAGUCUCUCAAUCUGACCACUUAACAAAAACUCUCAUAAAACCACUAAUAACAAAGACAGAGAAUCUGUAUCAUCACAUCAUGUCACUUUAAUUCAAGUUUAUUCUCUAUAAGGAUUACAAUGCUGAGUUUACAGAAAUUUGGUUAUUGUUUGGUUUACAUGUAGUAAAAUUGUGAUUACAGAGUGUACCACUAGAACGCUUAGCAUGGCUAGGCAUUUCGGGCAUACUUAGUUUUAUCCUUAAUUGUAAAAUAUUACAAAUUAUGAGGUAAGUUGGUUUUAUGGCUAAGUGACUAAAUACUAGUUUAUGAGUUUAGCAAUGUGAAUGCUUUUGUUUUGGCACAGUAUAUUGUCAUUUCACAUGGCAUAUUGAUGAUAUUUUCUUAACAGUAGCUUCAUAUAUAUAAUUUAUUUGUCUAGAAUGUACAGUGGACCUUUGGUUAUUGGCCGAAAUCUGUUCCAGAAGGUCGGCCGAAAACCAAAAUAAUAUUUCCCAUAAGAAUUAAUGUAAAUACAAUUAAUCCAUUCCAGACAAAAAAUAUUCAUGAAAAAAAUCAUUUUUUUUAACAAUUAUAUAAAUAUUACAUACCAUUAUUGAAGGCUAAUGCUGGCUUCUGGAAGAUAGAGAGGAGGAAAAAGGGAGGAGUUAGUGUUUGGAAGAGGAAUCCCUCUCCAUAAAGACUUUAGGUAGCAAAGCCUUCUCUGGGGUUACUUCCCUUCUUUAUCUUUUAAUGCCACUAGGACCAGCUUGAGAGUCACUGGACCCCUGUCUCACAAAAUAACUGUCCAUAGAGGUCUGUUUCUGGUGUCUCUUUAAGGUUUCUCUGAAGUGGGACAGGGUUUUGUCACUAAACAUGCUGCAGAUUUGGCUUGUUUCAGCUUUGUCAGGGUGGUACUUCUCGACAAAACUUUGCACAAAUGUUCUUAAUCAAUGAAGAAGGCACCUCCUUCACUCCCUCUUCCUCCUCCUCUGAAGCAAGUUUCUCAGCUGCAGUCUGUUGCUGUUCAAAUUGAAGCUCUUAGAGCUCUUCAGUGGUUAGCUCUUCACUGUGGUCCUCCACCAACUCUUCCAUAUCCUUGCCACUCACCUCCAACCCCAGGGACUUCCCCAGUGCCACAAUAGAGUCCACAGGGUUGGCAGGGUCAGGGUCAGCCUCAAACUCUUCAAAAUCCCUCUCUUGGACACAAUCUGGCCACAGUUUUCUCCAAGCAGAGUUCAAAGUCCUGGAAGUCACUCCCUCCCAAGCCUUACCUAUAAGGCUUAUGCAAUGGAGGAUAGUGAAGUGAUUCCUUCAUAACUCUCUUAGGGUCAACUGAGUGUCCGAGGUCACUUCAAAGCACUUUUGAAACGCUGCUUUUGUGUAGAGUUUCUUGAAGUUAGAAAUGACCUGCUGGUCCAUGGGCUGGAGGAGAGGAGUGGUGUUAGGAGGCAAGAACUUCACUUUUAUAAAACUGAAGUCCCUAAACACUUGGUCUUCCAAGCUGGAGGAUGUGCAGGAGCAUUGUCCAGUACCAGGAGGCACUUGAGUGGCAAUUUCUUUUCCAGGAGGUAUUUUUUCACACUUAGGCCAAACACAUCAUUAACCCACUCUUUGAAAAUCUGCCUUGUGACCCAUGCCUUAUGAUUAGCUUUCCACAUCACACACAAUCUAUUUUUCAUGACAUUGUUUUUCUUGAACACUCUGGGAUUUUCUGAGUGAUACAUAAGUAAAGGCUUCACUGUGAAAUCCCCACUAGCAUUACCACAACAAAAGAGUAAGCCUGUCUUUCAUAGGCUUACAUCCUGGCAAUGCCUUUUCCUCCUGGGUAAUGUAGGUCCUGUUUGGCAUUUUCUUACAAAAAAGGCCUGUUUUGUCACAACUGAACACUUGUUGGGGUUUGAAUCCUUCAGCUUCUAUGUACCCCUGGAAUUCCUGCACGAAUUUUUCAGCUGCACGUUUGUCAGAACUUGCAGCCUCACCAUGCCUUACAACACUGUGUAUGCCACUACACUUCUUAAAUCUAUCACACCAUCCUUUGCUGGCCUUAAAUUCACAAACUGCAGCACUUGUUCCAGGCAUUUUCUUUGCAAGAUCCUCAUGCAACUGCUUUGCCUUCUCACAAAUAAUCGACUCACAACACUGUCUCCCACUAAUUCUUUUUCCUUAAUCCACAAUAAUAAUAACUUUUCCAUCUCUUCCAUUAUUGGUGGCCUUUGUUUAGUUAGAAAAGUUACUCCUUUUGCAACAUUAGCAUCCUUGAUUUGUUUUCUUUCCCAGGAUGGAUGUAAUUGUUGAUUUAUUCUUGCUGUACAUCCUGGCAAGUUCCACUCUCAAACUUUUCUAUCACUUCACGCUUAAAUUCCAUGAUAUUUCUCACUUUCUUUACCACAGGAACUUUCUUUGGAGCCAUGGUUACUUAUUUCACAGUUGCACUGCAAAAAUAAUACAAAGUACAAUGGGAAAUAAGCAAAAUGUUUGGAUGUAUGAGCAGAAGCUUCCUCAGCCACCAAGAGACACGGCCAAACUGAUGAGCAAGCGGCCCCAGCCGAAUGGCUGAUCACUGAAUUAAUGGCCGAUAACCGGGCACUGAAAAAACAGCCAAUCACCGAGUUGGCCGAUAACAGAACCGGCAGAUAACCGGGGGUCCACUGUAUUACAACUGAUUCCUUGGUUUUGUUAAUUUAUUUAACAGUUAUCAGGCCAGUAACAAUAUAGUGAUUGAUAGAAUAGUACUAGACUAUGUCCUAUCAAUUCUAUUUCUUAACUAGUAUAUUUUAAAAAAGCAUUACAUAGUAAACUCUCCAUUUUACGGAUUAAUGGGGGUGGGGAGGAGCUGUUGGUUGGUAAUGGCAAUUGUGGUGGACAGAGAUGAGAAUAUUAGAGAGACUGUGAUUGAGAUUCUUAUUUUAAAUUAAUGCAUAUACAAAAUAUGCAAUAAACAGAAAGCUUAUAUAAUGCGCAACACUUCAGGCAAAAGAUAAGAUUAGUUUUACUAACUACAUAACUUAAUUUUUAUCUAUUACACGGUCUAUACAAGGUAUUAUGAGAAGAUAAAAAAAAAAAAAAGAGUAUCUAGUUGUAAAAGGAUGAGUGUAACUAAUUUCUGAACAUACAAUACAAUUUAAUGCAAGCUACUGGAAGGUUAUUUCAGCAAGCAUGGAUAUAAGAAGUCUUAAUAAAGGGAAUUACAACAUAUGGCAAAAUACAGUAUAUGGGAGUAGAAAAAAUAGCAGGAGCAAGAAGUACAGGAGGAUGAAUAAUGGACGAAAACUCAACAAGUAGGUUUCAAGAUGUGUCUAAACACAGAAUAUUUUCUGUCAUGAAUCACAUUAAAAUUAAGGCAGCUCUGAAGUAGUUGGCAGGUUGGGAACUUUUGGAAUCUUCUGGCAGAAAGUUCCAAAUUCUGGGGCCUUUUAAAAUAUAAUAACCUUUAUAUCUACGUAUAAAAGCCACCUUACAAUUGGAACAGAAAAAGUAAUGUAUUAACGUUGGUAGAAUUACCAACAAUAUGUUAAGUAAAAGGACACAAGUGCAACUAAUAUGACAUUUUAUUGUGGCAAUGUUUUGCUCUCCAGGAGCUUUGUCAAACCAUUACAAACAAUAAAUGGACACAGAGGGUAGUUAUAGGCUUAGAGUGAGGUAUAGCAGUUGUAAUAUUAGUGGAGGUAGUAGUAGUAGUAGUGAUACAUGUGGUAGAAAAAGUCAGCUUGCACAUGAAUAAAAAGGUUAUUAAAGCUGUUGCUUUGGUAGCAUGAAAAUAGGUUGGGCAAAAAUUUCUGGUUGGAUUUGAGAAGGCCUGUUUCAGUGUUCCUCCUCUUUUAUGUUCUUAUGUAGUAUCAGCAGCAACUAUGUGAUUAGCAAGAAUCCUCCUCAAAACAGUAAACCCACGCAAUACCUUUAAUAACCUUUUUACUCGUGUACAAGCUGACUUUUUUCUACCACAUGUAUCACUCUAAAGCCCAUAUAUUCCCUCUGUGUCCAUGUAUUGUUUGUAACAGCUUGACAAAGCUCCUGGAGAGCAAAACAUUCCCACAAUAAAAUGUCACAUUAGUUGAACUUGUGUCCUUUUACUUAACAAAAGUAAUGUUACUGACAUAUUUGACAGAAAACCCCUGGUUAUGCAGAACAUAACAGGCAGCCUUAAAAUAACUUUAAAUUUCAUGUGCAUAGAGGUUUUAUUCACAUUGAGUUGUGUAGAAGGAUUAUCAAACGAUGUAGUAUUUGCAUCUUGUAUUAUGCCAUUGAGUUUUAUUGCAUGAUAUGAAAGCAGAGUUUCAGAGCUGGGUUAUAUUUGUACUGACUGUAUAUUUGUACUGACAGUGGUAUGAGUGAAUGUUUUGCAUAUUUAGCAAAUUUAGACCUUUCACUGUUGAGACCCCUGAGAUUAAAAAUGCUGACAGUGUCGCAAUUUAAAAAAGAAAUAUUUCUUUUCUGAAAUGGUAAAGAAUCUUUUUCUGAUGGUAAUACCACAAAAAAUGUGAAAUUUGGUAGAAAUCUUAUGAAAUUAUGCAGGUACACAGUUGGCUAUCUGGGUGCAUUUUACACAUUAACAAUUUUGCCCGCUUUGAGUUCUGUUUUAUGCUAAUUCCACUGAUUUUUUUGACCAGAUUCUUAGCUAUUUUACUAGUAUGCCUUCCAUUUUAUCAAUUGAGAGUAAGAAAUUCAUAAAAAAAGACCAGGGAAAGGCCUUCGCUCUGAGGCUUAUUUCAAGCUACUUCCAGUCUAAAAUAAACACUGUAGCCAUUCCAUCCACUAAAGCAACAUGUCUUUUGUUCAUUAAUCAUGUCCCCAGGCCUCUCCCCUAACCUAGGAUUUAACUCAGACUCUACUUAGGUUACAUAAGAUUGGGUUAAGUUUUUUAUUUUUUUUUUUUGUAGUUACCUUAUUAUCAAUGGAUUGGUGGGAAAAUGCCAGUGUAAAAUAAAUAAUUUUUUUUUUUAAUUGAUGAAAGCUAUUAUUUUUUGGGGUAGACAGUGAUGUAAGCUGAUAAGUCUCCUUGAAUUACCACUUAGCUUUUUCUUCAUAUAUAUUAUAUGAAUUAUGUAUUUGAGUACUUUUAGUAUCCAUAACAGUAAACCCUCUACAUAAUGGAUUAAUAGAGGGAUUGUCCAAGUGUCUGCUAAGUCAGAAUACUGUAAAGUUAUAAAAUAGCAAAAAAAAAAAAAAAUAUAUAUAUAUAUAUAUAUGUAUAUAUAUUCCAGAAUUUACCCAACAUGGUACUGCACACAUAUUUUACUAUUACAUUACAAUAAAUAUUGAAAAUAAAGUUGGUAAAGGUACAAUUAUCUAGUGGGUUUUGCCCAUUAUUUUAAAAAUUUGCACCUUUCAAGGCAGGUGAAAUUGCUGACCUAGAAAAUGUACAGAGAACCUUCACAGCACGCAUAAUGGAGAUAAAACACCUCAAUUACUGGGAGCGCUUGAAGUUCCUGAACCUGUACUCCCUGGAAUGCAGGCAGGAGAGAUACAUGAUUAUAUACACCUGGAAAAUCCUAGAGGGACUAGUACGGAACUUGCACACGAAAAUCACUCACAGCGAAAGCAAAAGACUUGGCAGACGAUGCAACAUCCCCCCAAUGAAAAGCAGGGGUGUCACUAGCACGUUAAGAGACAAUACAAUAAGUGUCAGGGGCCUGAGACUGUUCAACUGCCUCCCAGCAUACAUAAGGGGGAUUACCAAUAGACCCCUGGCUGUCUUCAAGCAGGCACUGGACAAGCACCUAAAGCCGGUACCUGACCAGCCGGGCUGUGGCUUGUACGUUGGAUUGUGUGCAGCCAGCAGUAACAGCCUGGUUGAUCAGGCUCUGAUCCACCAGGAGGCCUGGCCACAGACCGGGCCGUGGGGGUGUUAUGUGGGUUUUCGAUACGUGGAUGGGGUCUCCCCGAUAGAAAUAGCACCGACCCACUGGUUAGGUGACAACUCAUCCUCUACCUGAACAGGGUAAGGAUAGUGAACAAGGUCAACAAGAUUGGUAUUUGCUCUGAGACGAACACUGUGACCAAAAGUGUUAGCAAGGAAGAAAUGGAUCUUACUAUCUCUUACAACAUGUAAGGAUGGUUCAACAAAUAGACCUUUUACUUUGCAAGAAUCACUGUCAACUAGGACGUUAUCACCAUCUGGAACACUAGGAACAACAACAGACACUCUAGUGAGGGCACUAGCUGUGACAGAAACGUCUUUCAGCAGAUGGCAUGUGACAUCAACAAGAGAUGGCAUUACUAGUUGCAAGUAAUUGUUUUCCAACAAGGCAUCCCCUGUGGAGAAACUACUACUUGAACUAGCAGACAUUGCAGGGAUAGGCUCAGCACUCAAGGUAGUCAGAGCGUCCUCGGACACUUGAGGUAACUGGACACUAUCUUGCAAGUCUGAAGUUGCAGGAACACAGACAGGAGUGACAGGAUCAGUGCCUGACCGCUUGGGUACGCUACUGGAAAAUGCACUGGCCUGUAAGGACUUAAUUCGAAUGUCGUACUCUGCGGCAGUAUGGCAGAUCUUGGAUCCAAGCUGGUAACCCCAAAAUGGUACGAUCAAGUCAUCAAUUUGGGCAUGCCAUCGAUAUAGAAGCAAAUCCCAGUAGAAGGUCACCAGGGAAAGUAAUCUGGUUGACAACAAGGAAGGAAGCAGUGAAGUCUCUACCUUGGAAAACCCACAUGACAGGGGCGUUGACCCCCUGAACUCUCUCCAGGUAAACUCCAGGUAUGAAAUGUUUACUAUAAAUAUUGCAAGGCUUGGAGACUUGGUGUAAAACACUAAUAUAGUAAUAUAUUAACUCUAGGGUUUAUCGUCAAAAAACUUACUUGUAGUUCAGCAGCAUAUCACCCACAGGAUGGAUACGGGGUGCAUAAUAAAGAUAUUAAACUAACUACUAAACUAGUUCAGCAGGUAAUCAAUCAUGUGGUAUUUUGACAGUCUUAUAAUGCACAAUAAGCCACAACAGAUUUUACUGGCUAUUUGUCUGUUGCUUGAUUGACGCUUGCUCUCUGAAGCUCAGUUCCUUGUGAUACAGUCAUUCCUACUAAUUCACAGGUUACAUUCCUAGAUACCUAAUAGAACUCAAAACCGAAUAAUUCAAAAUAAGUCUACCUAACAACUAUGUUCCAGAGUUGGGUUUGUUUUGUAUUUUAAAGAUUAUCUCUAAUAUAUCACUAAUAUGGUUAAUAUUGACAUUCCUAAGAAAUAAUGAUCAGGUUAAAGAGAUUGAGAUAUGGGAAAGCCAUUGAGUCAGAAAAACAAUGUAUAAUCAAAUCUAUUUUAUGGCUGACUUACGGUAAAUCAUUGGAUAACUGAAAUCCACAAAUAUGGAAGCCUGUGAAUUUGCAAGGACAAUUUAAACUUCUCUCUCUCUCUCUCUCUUCAACCCUGACAAUUCUUGACUAGAUUGACUUGGCAGUUUACUUCUGAAUGACUGUUCAAACUUUUGAAUCAUAGAAAUAUACCUAGCUGAAUGAUUCUUAUUAGAGCCAGCUGUCCAAGUGGUUAAUGUACUGGUCUGUGAGUUUUAGGACUUACUUGUCAUGGGUUUAAGUUCCAUCCUUUCUGUGACUUGAUUUCUCUCGAAUCAUACAUGUAUACACCCUGUUAAGUUCUGGCACAUUCCAUGAUAUCCUCCAGUACCAAAUUCUUGUAAAGACUUACUGGUAACUCAAACCACAGUCUGUUGAGCAGGAGAGAAUAUCUGUCAGUUAUGACAUGUGUCACCACACAACUGACUGACAUUGUGAUAUGUUUUCAAAGACUAUGUGAAAAUACAGAAAAGCCAGUUCACCAGUAAUAUAACAGUUCAAACUAUAGAAGUUGACAUAUUUUAUCAUGUAUAAGAGAAAUAGAGUACAAAUGUCCCUUUGUGCUGAAAAACUUUAUUAUUAUAUGUAUGAUUUAAAAUGACUAGAACCCAUUAGGUAUUUAGGACACAAAUUUUAUAAGUACCUUGAGUCCUGGAGAUGGGAAGUACAGUGCCUGCACUCUGAAGGAGGGGUGUUACUGUUGCAGUUUAAAAACUGUAGUGUAAAGCACCCUUCUGGCAAGACAGUGAUGGAGUGAAUGAUGGUGAAAGUUUUUCUUUUUCGGGCCAUCCUGCCUUGGUGGGAAUCGGCCAGUAUGAUAAUAAAAAAAAAUACCUACAUAUAUUAUUAUUAGCUUGCUACUUUCAGUACUAGCCUUCUGCUGUUUUAAACAGUUUGCUCUUAUCUCUGUUAACUUGCUGCUAUCAUGACCAAUUUUUUGUCAUGCUGCAAAAAUCAUUACAGUGUAUCAAAAUAAUUCAGUCCAGUCACAUUCCACAGUUCAUUUCUAUAAUUUGUUCAGUCAUAGACCACCAGUCACAUUCCACACUUCAUAUCUGUAAUUUACUCCAAAGUCAAGCCAUAAGUUACAUAAUAAAUUUUAUCACAGUGUAAUACGGAAAAUUGUUGGUUGGGGAAAAUUAUUUAGUCUUGAUUGAAGGAUAGGGAGAUUAAAUUGGAUUCUGUUCCUCGUAUUAUUAUUAUUUUUUUUUUAAACCAACUGGUCACUGUCUAUGUGGGUCUACCCUUCAAGAGAGUGAGGGAGUCUUCUUGGCAAAGGGCUUUUGAGUCAGUGAGUUCGAGUUACCCUACCCUUGGAUCAGAGCUGAUUAUCUUCUAUUCCACAGGAGCUUAAUGACCCAUACAAAUAUAGGUGUUCCACUUGAACAUAAUAAUUAUAAGCACCUAGCAGGUCCGGCUUAGGGCCAGACACGUGAAAGUAAGAGAACUCUCAAAAACUAUCAAAGAUAGUAGAUCUACAAAGUCAUGAAGCCUAUGACUUGUGAAAGAUGGACUUGUCUAGUCACAUAAUAUUUUUUAAAUGUAUCUUAGACUGUUCAUUUGUUCUGUUCCUGUUUUAACAUCUGUUCAUGAAGGGGUCACAUGUUAAUACCAGUUGAACUUUGGCAGUUUCAGAUGUUAAAGAUCUGGAACCAUCAUCUGACAUAUUCUAUCAACUACAGGUAUACAUGCUAGCGCAUUAUUUUGAACCAUCACCUGACAUACACUAUACAUACUGGUGUAUUAUUGUAAUUAAGUACCGAACCCAUAUCUAGGGCCAUACAGUGUCAGGGGAAUGGGAGACAAUCAGGUGUGAUCUGUGGAAGGGAAGGAUAGUUCCAAUUCCUUGAAUCAAGAUCACACCAACAUCAGGGCACACCCAACUGUUAGAUCCAAGUAGGUAUAACUAUCAUAAAGUGAAAAUUUCCUGUCACCUUACGCAAGAAAUAGAUGUGAAGUGAACAUGUGAUUUUUCAUAUUUUCAAAUGCUGUUAAACAUUGACAAAAUGUUUAUUCUGAUAAAGCUGAACAUAUCUAAGCUGCCAUAUAUUAAGUUUAUUACACUUACAUAUAAAGUGCCAGUAAGGUGGCUAUCAUGGCACUGCACCAAUUACAUUAUGUUUACCUGACCAAGGAACUAAUAUUUAUAUUUUUUUCAAACUUCUUUAAUGUUAUUAUUCUAUUUCAUUUACUUUAAUUUGUGAAAAGUUAGCUUUUGGUAAAGUUUCUGUUGGAAGUAAUGUAGAGUACUGUACUGUUUUCAAGCAGUUACUAAAACAUUACACAAAUCUUGUGUAUUGCAUGGCAAUUUAUUCAGUUUUGAUUAAAAAAAAAAUUGUAUACAGGUACAAUUUUCCACUUCUAUUGAAUUCUUAUGUGCACAAUGUUUUCAGAAAUAAUAUAAUUUUACUAUCUUAUAUUUCAUUAUGUACUGUACUUUUUAUACAGAAUAGCUUAAUUGAUAUUUAUUCUUUUCUAUAAAGAUAAUUUAGCCCAAAAAUUUUUAUAGUAUAAGCAUUAAUUGUUUAAUUAUUUUUAAGACCUGUGUCAGAAGGCACUUGUCAUGUUUCCUGAUGAAUAAAAAAUUAGCAAUUCUGAUUAUUACUUUUGUAGUGUUGUGUUACGUAUGAUAGUUGUAAAUACAGUGGAACCUCUACUUGCGAGCGCCUCUAUGUGUGAGUUUUUCCAAAUAUGAACAGUCGAUGGGUCAGUUUUUUGCUUCCAGUCGCAAGCAAAAUUUCCAUAAGCGAGCAGACCUCAAGGCAGGUGCCUUGAUGCUGGUGAGGGGCUCUUGCUCUUAAUCUAGGGAAUUGUAUUUCAUUUGUUUGUUGGACUAUCUUAUUGAAACUUGGGCAAUGUAUGAUGGAAAGAUGCUUCUUAACGUAAUAAUAAUAUGUAUAAUAAUAAUAAUAGUACAAUAAUAUAAUACAAUAAUAAUAAUAAUAUAAUAUGUAUAAUAAUAAUACAUAUAUAAUAAUAAUGUACUACAUAAUAAUUAUAAUAAUAGACGACUUCAAAAGGCCGUCACUAGAUGGCAGUGUUUACCACAACAAAGAGGGAGCAGUUGUGGCCGCCUGCAUCUGUUACAUGACAUAUUUUAUGCAUUCUGGAGUAUAUAUCAGGUUUCUGUGUUAUUUAUAUUGUUUAUUAUUUCAUAUUAGAUGAACUGUGAUAGAUAAAUAAGCCAUAGAGUUGAUGAUAGCGAAAUAUUCAAGGAGUAUUUUGUCCUGUCUCCAGACAAACUCUCGUUGGCCGCUGCCACACAUAUACGUACUGUAAUGCCAUAUUUUAUUCAUUGUAGAGCAUAUAUCAGGUUUCUGUGUUAUUUAUAUUGUUUGUUAUGUCAUAUUAGAUGAACUGUGAUAGAUAAAUGAGCUGCAGAGCUGAUAUUAGCGAAAUUAUUGAAGUAGAGGUUCCACUGUAACAGCAAUUUUCAGCUACAGGUUGUAAAGGGUGAAGAUAUGCUUGUGUUACUUAUGAAUUAGUUUAUACUAAAGUAUGCAGGUGGGCCCCACUUAUACAGCAGGUUAGGUUCCGGCCUACUGCUCUAAAGCGAAAAUCACUGUAAAGUGAAACAGCCUUUUUUUCACUUUCAAAUGCAUAUAAAAGCCUGAUGAUAUGUUUACACUGUCAUAUAUUAAGUGAGAAAUAGAGCUAAGCCUAAAAAAUGUACACAUUACUUACCUUAAAAUAUUUUCAUCCUUCACCUAUAGGGAGUGGUAAAUAUAUUUAUUGUAGGAAGUCUGAAAAAAAUGAAGAUUGGGUAUAAUUGAAAACUGCUGCAUAAGCAAAAUGCUGUAAAGCAAAGCACUGUAAAGCGAGGCCUGCCUGUAAUCACUCUUUAAUUCCAGUUUAGGUGUGCUGCACAAAUAAUAUUUAUAGAGUUGGUGCUUCUUACAUGUAUGUAUGCGUGUAUAUGUGUACUCACCUAUAUGUGGUUGCAGGGGUCAAGUCACAGCUGCUGACCCUGUAUGUGUGUGUGUGUUACCUACCUGUAUGUGGUUGUAGGGGUCGAGUUAUAGCUCCUAACCCUGCAGGUGUGUGUGUGUGUGUGUGUGUGUGUGUGUGUGUGUGUGGAAUAAUAACAUAGAGAUGGUAAGAAUGAUGAUGCUGGUGGUUGCAAGAUGAUCAUCCUGCUGUGUGUGAGCUGUAUUGGUAAGGUUUUGAUGAGUACUUAUACUAUUUUCUUCGUAUGGGCCAUUAAGCUUCAAAAUUAUAAUACACCACACAAUAAAGCAUUAAUAUUUGGAAAA